CUGGAACCUGCCGUGUUUGUCUGCUUCGAUUGCCUCUUUAACAUUCCGAUAUUACUUGCCCGUCCCUGGUUUUAAGUAUUCUUUACGCCGAUUUAUUUUCUUGUGUCGACAGCAUUUUGAGCUUGCGACCUUGCUCUGUCUCCGUUCCGCGAUGGCGAGCUGACCCUCCGAAAAUACGCUUACCUGGAAACGUCCUCACAUGUUUCGCCGAGGCUUCUCGUGUAAAUGCGUCACCCGAGCUUUGCCAUUCAUUUGACUCCCGAGUUUUUUGCUGCAUGUUUCCAGCUGGGCUAACUUCAUGCUGCAGACUGGGACGGGGGUCGUUGUGAAACGAGGCGUAAUGACUGGAGUUUCGACUUCGACGCGCUCGCGAGGCACAAAUUCAUCUGAGUCUUCUUGUGAAUUCCAGGAGAGAGCGUCCGUAGUUGUUUUCUUCUAUUGAGCUGUUGACGCCUUCUUGUCUAUGUGCCAUUUCGUCAACUUCACUUCCCCGCUUAUCACUCAUCUGCCCGUGUCUCAUAUCCCUCUUUCGCCCUUCCACCUCCUGUUUCUUUUUUCUUUCUCCGCUUUCUCCUCCUUCGUUAUUCCUUCUUUACUUUCCUUUUCAAUCCACUGAAAAACACAGCUGGUCUUCUGCCAUAUGGCUCCCGUCCUCUGGCGUCAUUCGCUAGUAAACUGACCUUAUCAGCCUCUGGCUCUCUUUCGUUGCUUUCUUUGUCGUCAACUAUUUGUGGGGGCGCAUUUCACAUCGUUUCCGCCGCACAUCUUUCACGCUUUUUCUUGUGGCCGUUUUAUGUAGGUGCGCACCUCAUUUUCCCGAUUUUUGUGAGUUUCGUUUUGUUGACGCGAGUAGGCUCUCUCUCAUCCUCUCGUCAACCUGCUUGUGUUCCUGAGUGGCGGACGGACUCCCACUGGCCAAGUUCGUCUGUCUCUUGCGUCGAUAGCUGCCCUCUCGGCUGGUGUGUUUGAGCACGUUUUCGGUUUCUCGACGCGUUCUUCCUCUCUUCUUUUCUACGUUCGUCGCACUCCGCUCGUCGCUUGUCCUGUUCAGGGCUGUCGCGCCUUUAUCCCUCGGCCUUCUAUUUCUCCCACCAUGUCUUCCAUUCGCGAACGCCAGGCAGAGCAGACCUCUCUCUUAGGCCGCUCUCGUGCCGAACGUCUGCUCGAUGGAAUCUACCAGAGACAGAAGAAAUAUCUUUUGCAGCAGCGCCGCCGAGCUGCAGCCGAGGCUGCCUCUCGCAUCGUCCUUCCAGAAGAAAAGCGCCGCCGCCUGAUUCUUCCGGAAACAUCUUCUCCGUCUGCGGAUGCGAGUGCAGGGCAAAAAGCCAAGGACAAAGCUGCGAGGACGUGCUCAGCUCCACACGCCGCUUCUGCUUCCCCGACGUCGGGGCCGAAGAGUGUGGAGGAUGCGGUUGCGACCCUCCAGCGCCACAUGUGGAGGCGCGCAAAGUUCCCCAAGGCCGUUAAACUUUUCCAGCAGCUCUGGAAGUCUCACUUUUCGCCGUCGACGAAGCGGUGCUUGUUGGCAGGGUUCCUGACGGCGGCCUCGACAGACACGUGUGUGAACGCUCCGGAAGGCAGGACAGAAGUCCAAACUUUCUUCCGGGAAACCGUGGAGCCUUUGCUGGAGAACGAGCGGAGGAAGCGCCAAGACGUUGCGCUGUGUCUGGAGCGAGCACGCGCGGCUAGAGCUAAGGCGCGAGAAGCAGUUCUUCAGGCCCAACUCGAGAGUGUGGUGCGACCGCGAGACAGCUCAGGAGGGAAGCGUCGCCACGAUGGCAGCAAAGAAGUCAGCAGUUCGGGAAGACAGGCGACGGUGGCUGCCGUCGCCCAGGCGGCGGCUGCCCUCGUUGCCGACCUGGAAGACGCCGAGCUGCGGCGGGGCGAGGGGCAACAGGCUCGAGGGCUCGGUGGGGACCCGCGAGACGGUGUGGGCUCCAGGGGGACCGAGCUGGGAAACGUUACCAAGGCGGAAGCUGCAGACGACGAGGUGACACUGUUGGAUGAAGAGAAGGAACUUCUCGAAAUCCUGCAACUCAGAUGCAAAACUCAUCUUCUCCUCUUCACUGACGACCCUUUCCAGUUCAACCAGCAAGUCACAGAGCUGCGGCGAACACUCGACUCCAUUGCGGCAUCGGUUCAGGCGGUGGCAGAGGAAGUUGAAGAGGAGCCAGAGGAAGUUGAAGCGGAAGGGCAAAACGCGACACAGGGCGCUGACAGUGGGAACUUGCCGCGGGACAGAGACCCCUCGCCCCUACCAGAUAGUCAAGAUAGAGAGGCUGCGGCCGAAAGACAUUCGAUCCAAGACGAUUCACACGUUUGUUCCUCUCCCACCUCUGUAGCGAAGGCUCCCGAGGACAGUCAGUUUGAUCUGAGGGCUGGAGAAGGAGAGAGAGGCAGUGACGAAGAAUGCGAGGCUACUGCGUCUGCACUUACAGGCAGCGAGAAGGAAGAUUCUGCGUCAAUAAACUCCGCAGUGCCAACUGCCGCUCCUUUGGAAUCGCCAGGUGACGGAGCGGACCCUGGUGGCGAAGACAUCGACGAGGACGUGUUUGAGGACUCGCCGGAGGUCAAGUGGCCUCUGCCGCUCAAGAAAUUCGAGUUGCUGAAUUUGAUGCGAUGCUUCUUCAUCGACUGCCUUGCCACUGUAUUCACGUAUCGCAGCUUUUCCUGGGCGCGCGCAUCCAUCGAACAGCUCUUCCAGCACGUGUACCUUCACAGGUCGAUUUUUUCAGAGAGCGAUCAGGGGCAGAUUAGCCUGUGGCAGGCCCAGCUCAAGGUGGCCCACAAAUCCGCGAUGAAUAUCACGGCGCUCGGCAUUGGCGAAGCGGCGCACCCUGUUCAGGACGGGCGCGACGAGAGAAUCUCAACUGUCCACGGUUCCAUCGUUUGGAGUGCGAAGCAGAUGGGAUGCUAAGCGACCGAGCACCGAAUCAAGCAAAUGCUGUCUUUCCUCUUUUUUUGACUGGAUUCAUUCAAUGUUCGGGCUGCGUUUGACUUGCUACUUCGUGCCAAGCAUUCUCUCGACACUUGGCUAGGUCCUGUCUCAACGCGUGAUGAUGUCGGCUUCAGGUGAAAGAGUUCUGAACUGGCGAAUGAAUACACAGGCGUUUUUAAAACAAAGGAGUACAUUGCGUGGACGCAGCGCAUCUCCUUCCUCACUGGACUAUUUGCCUAAUGUCCCGUCAAUCUCUGUCCGCACGCUCAUCUCUUUCGGUAUCGUUGCUUGUAUAUGUACUUGAUUGUAUGUAUAUAUAUAUAUAUAUGAGUCUGCUUGCGGGCCUAUUGGUACGCUAGUCGAAGAUCAAGAGUUGAAAAUAUCUGUUUUGCAAAUGAAGAUCUCUCAGGAGAUUCUGUGUACGACUCGUAUGUGCAACGGGAGAUUGUGGAUCCGGGAAAAGAAGGAAGGGAGAGCAUUAUUUUGUGCGGCAUCAGAGCUUCAGGUGGUUAUGAUGGUUCUCAACAAGAGAAGAUAGCGUUAGAAAGAAGCGGAAAGAGCCGGCAGACAGUGUUGUGGGAUCGUCCGUGUAUGUUUAAUUUAUUGCGUGUUUUCGCUGUGAGCGGAGUAGCAACGCCGUGUGGAGUGAUGCCCUACAACAACGUCCUUCCUGUUGGGCACUUUUUCCUUCUUUUCGUUUACGUUUUCUUGUUUCCUCAAUCAAUCCCAGGUUGUGUCUUCGACUCUGUAAGACUUCUUUCCGCUUCUUCUCUGAACUGCCUAGCAGUUCGUGGUAUCCCACAACGGGCUUUCGCUUCAGGUGAUUCUCUCGUAUCUGAUUUGUGGAGCAUGGACACCUUUCCUUGUCAGGCUUAGAAGUCAGAACCACGCAGGUUGUUUCCUUGUUUAAUCCGUCCCUUCCUCGUUAUGCCUGGGCAGGAGGCAGCCGCGCGCGCGUCAGUCCAUUCCUUGUUUGUGCGUUGUCGAAGUAGAAGAGACAGGAGGGACCCCUGAACGUUAUCGGAAGAAAUUCCAGUGAGUGCUUGCGAGGGAUUGCUUGUUUCUGACACUUCGUUGUUACUGGCAUGCUUCGACGUGAUAGUAUUGGCUUCGGUGGCGGCUGGUCGCGCCUCGGAAUGUUGACAGAGUCCGCGAAUCGUUGAUGUGAUUCAUUGUCGUCUGAAAACGGGACAGUAUAACUAAUAUGUUUGUCCAUGCC